ACAGAGUUGUGUUAGAUUGUACUACAAAGAGCAGAAAAACAAAAUAUAAGCAAAGGAAUUUUCAUCCGGAAGAAAUUUUAGUUAUUUUUCGUUAAUUAUUAAGAAAAUUAAAGAAAUUUUAAAUUGUUUGAGACAAAUUAAAGCUGUAAAUCUCAGCGUUUAGUUCUUAACAAAUCGUGCGAAAAGCUGGAUGUGCCAGAGCUAAGAAUAUGAAGUUAAAAUAUAAACACAUACUACAGGUCACAACCCUAGUCUGUUUACAGCUUUGUCUCACUGCCCUGCCGGAAAACUGUGAUGACACCUGCGAUGCCAAUCAACCCAAAGCAUUCUUCCAACAACAAAAUGAAUUAUUAAGACAACGUAAGCGAGCUGAAUAUCUCUUAGCCUACGAAUACAAUACAAAUGUAACGGAACACAAUCGUCUGGAAAUGAUCGCUGUAUCAGCAAAAAAUGCUAAAGAAACUAAAAAAUUAUCAGAAGCUAUACGUAAUUUAGGCUAUGAUCGCUUAGAUAAUACCAAUCUACAGAGACAAGCAAAAAUUUUAGCUGAUCCCGGUUAUGAUAUCUUGCCGGAGGAAGAUUUCUUAACUCUACAAAAUGCCAUUAGUAGCAUGCAAUCGAAUUAUGCCAGUACUAAAGUCUGUUCUUAUACCAAUGCGACAGAUUGUUCUUUAGCUUUGGAACCUCAUAUACAGGAACGUUUGUCCAAUAGUCGUGAUCCUAAAGAAUUGGCUCACUACUGGAAAGAGUGGCAUGAUAAGGCGGGAACACCGAUGAAAGAGAAUUUUGCUAAAUAUGUGGAAUUAAGUAGAAAGGCAGCGAAAUUGAAUAACUUUCCCUCUUAUGCCGAUUACUGGAUCCACUUCUAUGAAGAUCCUGAAUUUGAAAAAAAUCUAGAUGAGGUAUUCCAAGCGAUUCUCCCACUUUACCGUGAAAUUCAUGGCUAUGUACGCCAUCGUUUGGCUCAACAUUAUGGCGCGGAAGUGGUGCCGGAAAAAGGCAAUAUUCCCAUACAUCUACUCGGCAACAUGUGGGCCCAAAAUUGGGAUGAAGUAAUAGAACUACUCAAACCCUAUCCGAAUAUUUCUUUCGUGGAUGUUACAGCCGAAAUGAAAAAACAAGAUUAUACGAUUAAGAAAAUGUUUGAAUUGGGUGAUGAAUUUUUCCAGUCUCUCGGUAUGCGGGCUUUACCCACCAGCUUUUGGAAUUUAAGUGUUCUAGAGAAACCGGAAGAUCGUACUAUUGUUUGUCAUGCUUCAGCAUGGGAUCUUUUCGCCGAUAGUGAUGUACGCAUUAAAAUGUGUACAGAGGUGGACACCCAUUAUCUGUAUGUGGUGCAUCAUGAAUUGGGUCAUAUACAGUACUAUUUAUUGUAUGAGAAUCAGCCUACAGCUUUCAGAGGAGCACCAAAUCCCGGUUUCCAUGAGGCGGUGGGAGAUGUUAUUGCUUUGUCAGUGUCUUCUACUAAACAUUUACAUGCUAUAGGUUUGUCUCAGGUGGUGGAAUUGGAUGAGCAGAGUCGUAUUAAUGAAUUGUUUAAAAUGGCCUUAAAGAAAAUUGUUUUUCUACCCUUUGCCUAUACCAUGGAUAAAUAUCGUUAUGCGGUGUUUAGAAAUGAAAUAGAACCUUCUGCCUGGAAUUGUGCUUUCUGGCAAAUGAGAUCUGAGUAUUCGGGUGUAGAGCCACCAGUAGCUAGAACCGAUAAUGAUUUCGAUCCUCCUGCUAAGUACCAUAUAGAUGCUGAUGUUGAGUAUUUAAGAUAUUUUGCUGCCCACAUAUUCCAAUUUCAAUUCCACAAGGCCAUGUGCUCUAAGGCGGGCCAGUAUGUCAAGGGAGAUGCUCACAAAACUUUGGACAAUUGUGAUAUUUAUAAAAGCAAAGAAGCGGGAGAGGCCUUUAAAAACUUCCUCUCAGCUGGAGCCAGUCGCCACUGGACCGAAGUCUUAAAUGAGUUUACCGGCGAUAAGAAGAUGGAUCCCUCUGCUUUAUUGGAAUAUUUUGAACCUUUGCGCGAAUGGCUUAAAGAAGAGAAUCGCAAGCAACGGGUACCCGUAGGCUGGGGCAUGACAGACAAAGUACCUCAUUCCUGUAUGACCAACAAGCCAGAAUCGCAAUAAUUUUUGCAAUAAAACGCAACCGGUUCAAUUUUAAUCGAAUUUUUAACGUUAAUUAUUUUACAAAAAUACUCAUAAACUUAUCAAACCAGUUAAUUUACAAAAGUAAUAAAAAAUAUUCCAAAUUCUUAAGAAAAAUUUUAAUAAAAUUAAAUUUCAAAAUUAAUCUUUUACUUUGAAACAAAAUGUCAUUAACUUGUUUCCCCGAAGGACCAUUUCUUUUAAAAAAAUUGUUUUUAUUUUUAAAAAUUUCUCUAACUGAACUCCCAUUUGAAUCUAAUCCCCUUUUAAACAAACUUUCUCUUUCUCCUUAUAAUCUUAUUUACAACUUUUUCUAUUUUUUUCUUACCAUUUCUUAAACUUAGACAAUAUAAUCUCCUCCCGCUCCAGAUUUCCAAUAAAAAA